AUGCAAUCCUUAGAAGGCCCAAGUAAAAUUCAUGUGAUUGUAAAAUAUAUUUAUAUAAGUACCGUUUAUGGAAACGUCAGAAAUGCAUCCUCUCACAAAAAAAUGACGGGCUCAUUAUUCAAAAACAUCUUUAAAAUUCCCGCGUUGAGCAUUUCGAAACAAAGAGGAUUAUCAAAUGUUGGUGUUUUUGCUAUGCAGAAGAGGCUUUUUGCUUCUUCAAAUGACGGCCAGAUGACAGUGAGAGAGGCCCUUAACGCAGCACUUGAUGAAGAACUUACUCGCGAUGAGCGUGUUUUUCUAAUUGGCGAAGAAGUCGCUCAAUAUAAUGGCGCAUAUAAGGUAUCAAAAGGGCUUCUUGAUAAAUUUGGUCCGAAGCGUAUUAUUGAUACACCUAUUACAGAGUCAGGUUUCACUGGUUUGGCCAUAGGUGCAGCGUUAUCUGGAUUAAGACCUAUAUGUGAAUUUAUGACAUUCAAUUUUUCAAUGCAAGCUAUAGAUCAAGUAGUCAAUUCAGCAGCAAAAGUUCAUUAUAUGGCAGGUGGUUUAGUACCAUGUCCCAUUGUCUUCCGAGGUCCAAAUGGUUCAGCAGCAGGUGUUGCAGCUCAACACUCUCAAGAUUAUGCAGCAUGGUAUGGUGCUAUUCCAGGAUUAAAGGUUGUAUCACCGUGGGAUAGUGAAGAUGCCAAGGGGCUAUUAAAGUCUGCAAUUCGAGAUCCUAAUCCGGUUGUCGUAUUAGAGAAUGAACUUCAAUAUGGAAUUUCAUUUCCAAUGUCUGAGGAAGCAAUGUCACCCGAUUUUUUACUACCAAUCGGUAAAGCCAAAAUUAUACGAGAAGGCAAGGAUGCUACAGUUGUAUCAUAUUCAAGAACAAUAAAUUUUUGCAUUGAAGCCGCCGAAAAGUUACAAGCUGACGAAGGAAUUUCAGUUGAAAUUAUUAAUUUACGAUCGAUUAGACCAUUAGAUACUAAUACAAUAGUAAACUCAGUUAAAAAAACGAAUCAUUUGAUAUCUGUUGAAUCGGGAUUUCCGCAUUUUGGAGUUGGUAGUGAAAUAUGUGCCUUGGCGAUGGAAACAGAAGCAUUUGAUUAUUUAGAUGCACCAGUAGAAAGAGUUACGAGUGCAGACGUUCCAACGCCAUAUGCACAAAAUAUAGAGUAUAUGAGUUUUCCAAAUGCAGAAGUAAUAGUUAAAGUCGUCAAACGUUCAUUAUACAGAAAAAAGAAGUAA